AAACAACACUCACGCACUCCCGCGUACCAGUGUGAGUACUGUCCGAAGGCGUUCAACAGUGACAGCUGCUGGAAAAUUCACAUACGGGCGCAUAAGGGUGAAAAGCCGUUCCCCUGCAGCAUUUGUGGGAGGACUUUUGGAACGCCGUACAACCGCAAAGUUCACGAAUUGCGACACCAGAAUAAGCGAGAUUAUCAGUGCGACAAGUGUCCGAAGGGCUUCUUUUCGCCGAAGGAACUGCGCUCCCACCAGAUACGGCACAUCAAGGUUGGCCUACGGACCUUUCCUCUGUUAGCAGAGCUACAAGAGGCCGAACCAGCAAAAGAGGAGCUCCUGUCGAAGGCGGAAGGCUUCUUCAAUGAUCAUCUUUACGAAACGGUAGAGAAGCAGUGCCCAAAGCAGUUCUCUUGCUCGAGCUGCUACAAGUCGUUCCACGAUAAAUCGCAACUUCGGCUACACAUGAAGCGAAUGCACA